GGUAUGUGGAGAAGGAUCCCCCCCGCCCCGCUCGCCACCGCUUCCUACCACCGGCCUCCAGAGCUGCCGCCAUUGAAACCAUACAAUACAGGAGGCGAACGGGGAGCAGGCAGCGCGAGGCAGGCGCGGCGGAACCGGAGCUGCAGGCGGAGGAGGCGGCCGCCGCCGGGCAGUUUUGUAUUAGGGCAAACAAAAAAGGACUGUCUACCAGAAGACUGAAAAACACUCAGCAACAUGUCAGCCAGAGGUGGAAAGAAAAAAAUGAGCAAAAUAUCACGCUCCAGCAGAGCAGGUGUUAUUUUUCCAGUGGGAAGAAUGAUGCGGUACUUGAAGAAAGGAACAUACAAGUAUCGGAUAGGAGUGGGUGCUCCUGUGUACAUGGCAGCUGUCAUAGAAUACCUGGCAGAAAUAUUGGAAUUAGCUGGCAAUGCUGCAAGAGACAACAAAAAGGGAAGAAUUGCACCAAGACACAUCCUUCUGGCAGUUGCUAAUGAUGAGGAGCUAAAUCAGUUAUUAAAAGGAGUGACUAUAGCAAGUGGAGGUGUUCUACCCAGAAUUCAUCCAGAGCUUCUUGCCAAAAAACGAGGCACCAAAAGCAAAUCUGAUACUAUCCUUUCACCUUCUCCAGAGAAGAGAGGAAGAAAACCUUUGGGGGCCAAGAAAAGUGGGAAGAAAGCAAAGGCUGGCAAAGCUCGGACACCUAAAAAGAAUAAACAGAAGGAAAAUGAAAAAGAAGGAGCAUCAAAUUCAGCAGCUGAUGAUGGACCUGGAGAUGGAUUCACUAUACUUUCCUCCAAGAGCCUUGUUCCUGGACAGAAGCUCUCUCUGACACAAAGUGACAUCAACCAUAUUGGUUCUAUGAAAGUAGAAGGCAUUGUGCAUCCAACUACUGGUGAAAUAGACCUCAAAGAGGAAGUAGGCAAAGCACUGGAAAAAGCUGGUGGCAAAGAGUUCUUAGAAACCGUAAAGGAACUUCGUAAAUCACAGGGACCCUUGGAAGUCACAGAAGCUGCUCUCAGCCAGUCCACUGGUCUAGCAGCAAAAUUUGUCAUUCACUGUCACAUCCCACAAUGGGGUUCAGACAAAUGUGAAGAACAACUGGAGGAGACAAUAAAGAACUGUUUAACUGCUGCAGAAGACAAGAAGCUGAAGUCUGUGGCUUUUCCACCUUUCCCCAGUGGCAGAAAUUGUUUUCCAAAGCAGACUGCAGCCCAGGUGACUCUGAAAGCCAUUUCCUCCCAUUUUGAUGACUCCAGUCCUUCUUCCUUGAAGAACAUUUACUUCCUGCUUUUUGAUAGUGAGAGCAUUGGCAUCUAUGUGCAAGAGAUGGCAAAGCUAGAUGCAAAGUAACAACAGAAGCCAAAUGAAAAUUUAUUUUUCAACAUGAAUAAGAGUAGGAAUGAGAAUUAGAAGUGGGUUUUAUUUUUAAAAUAUUGUGAGGACGGAGUAUGUGAGUAGCUUUGAAGUUUUGUGAUGGGUGGAGGGCUUUUGUUAUUGGGGGAGAAAGGGGGAAAUUGUUUGAGCGCGUUUGAUCUGCAGAUAUAUCAUGCUUUAGACCCUCUACAUUUUGUAUCUUCCCCAAGAAAUUAUUUUGCCAGCUCUCUACAUGUUAAUGUCUCAAGUUAUUUUAGUUUAGACCGUUUUUUUUUAAAAUAAUAAUCUCAUUUUAGAGUAGCAAACAAUUCAAUGCAUCCAACAAUUGAGAACAAUGUGAAUUGUUUGCUUCCCUUUAUUUUCCCACUGGUAGUUAGAAAGCCUUAUGUUGUGUCUACAUUCCAUGUUGGAGAAGAUAAUUUUGACUCACUUGGUGCUUUACUGUUUUAUCCCAGAAUGACCUGUAAUUGCUGAAAAAUAUUUCAUCUUAUUUGUUUUGAUAAAAAAUAGUGUCAUGCUUUUUUAAAACUUUAA